GCAAGGGCCAACUCGCUUUCCGGCUGCCUGACGAGCACAUAUAUGCUGUAGCAACCGAAAAGGCUGCCCUCAGCCAGCCGCACCGGCGGCACCGGUGGCAUGCGCCUCAGCUGCCUCGCACUGCUGGUGCAUGCGGUCGCAGCCAAUGACGCCGACGUCGCGACGCAGAAAUGCCUCGACAACCAAGACCUCGAAUGCACGGAGGAGUGCCCGCCGCGCCGGGUCUACAGCCGCGCCUGCCUGGUUAGUACAGUACCGUUCCGGACGCCCUACAGUCGCGUCAAGUGUUGUUUACGGUGCUGCCUCAAGUACUGGCUGAAGGAAUACGGUUUAGAUAGGAGGUGGGCCGCCUUCCGCGCGGAACAGGGCGGCGCCGGGCGCAUCGACGACAUGUUGCUGGGGGGCACGCUGCGGCACGGCCCGAGCGGGACGCUGCCCUUCGCGUCGCGGCGCGUGUCGCGGGACAAGAUGCCCUGGGUCUUGGAACGGUGGACGGCGGAGGAGCGCGCCGUCGAGGCUGCUUUAGCUCCCGGUCGGAGUCGAACGCCGGUGGCGGUGACCGACCGCGACCGGAGUGCUACAGAUGAAUUCCUGUGGGACCGCAAGCGUACGGUGUCGGCGAACGGCCACGCCGGUAUUGGAAGGUGGUCGCCGACGGACGCCUGGCUCGAGCUGCACUUCGGGGACAACUGCGGCGACUUUUAUAGAGGUAACGCCUUCGGUACUUAUAUGGGGUUGUCACUCGCCUCACUUCUACGAUACUUCCUCCCGGAGGUCGUCGGGAACCGGUCUUUGACCUUGGUCACUUCCUCCGAUUGCAACGUGCCCCUGCGACCGGGCAAGGCGUCGCCCUUCCUCGACAUGGGCGAUUUACUGGACACGGUGAACCUCAAGGCCUGGUACGCGAACAACCCGAGCGACGGGCUCAUCGAUAGCGCUGGUGAAAUAGCGCGGCCCCACCCGAAAAUGAAGGCCUACGCGACGGGCGUCCGCGACCCGGCCCAAUGGGUCGACGCCUUGGACGGCCGCGAGGCAUCAACAGAGCGCACGGGACCGUUGGUCUGUUGCUGCAUGAGCAUGCUCGCGACGCCCCAGAAGGCUUCGGAGUAUGCGGCGCCGCGCGAGUACACCUCGCCACAACAAAGGGUCCGCGACCGCGCGAAACGCAUUUUUGAUCAUGACCGCGUCUUGAGCGAGGAGGCCAUGCGCUGGCGCUACGGCCCUAAUAGGAGGGGCCUGGGCGAGACCAUGUCGCGCGUGCGGCGCUUCGCGGUCCUCGACGAGCUGUCGAAGAAAGGUUUCGACUGCAGUGAUCGAACGGCCCGGAGCGGCGACGAGUUGCGGGAGUUGUAUUUUGGGAGCGAUUUUGUGGUAAGCCCCCAGGGCAAGGGCCGGACGAACUAUCGCGAGUGGGAGGCUUUAGCCGCGGGCGCGAUCCCGCUCGUCGACUACGAUGCUUCAUCAGCGAUGGCCGAACUUUAUAGUGGAUUGCCCGUCGUCCGCGUGCGUGACUGGAAGAAGGUCACGCCGGCCUACUUGGAUGCCGUGCGGACCCGCGUCUUUGAUGCGGUCGCGCAGGGCGGCGUCUCGAUGUCGAAAUUAUAUGUGCCGUACUGGCUCCACGAGUUCACGGCCGGUUUAGAUGAUGCGCCGGCGCCGGCGCCCGCGAUCCCGAGACAGCAGCCGACCUGCGCCGUCGUCGUCGGCAAUGACCCCAUUACACGUAUACAACGAAUCAAUACUUAUGAUCGCGUCUACCGCGAGCCUACUUAUUCUGGAAACGGCAAGUGGACGCACGCAGCCGUCGCGUUCAAGGGGGUGGAUUGCCCCGCGCGCCGCUUCGCCGCGGCGGCGCCCGCGGACGUCGAGGCACUCUCGACGAUCCCGCUCUGGACCGACGCCUGCAUCAGCCGGCAGGAGGCCGUCGGGAAGCACCGCCGGUGGCACUUCGUGCCGCGGCCCCAAGCCCGCGACUGCGAGCAGAUGAUGCAGCGCCGCGUCAACCGCCUCGAGUGCCCGCCCGACAUCCUCGCCGUCGUCGAGGCGCGGCGCGAUUGUCGGGAGGUCGUGGUGUUCGGAAGUUUGGACGGAGUCGAGGGCCAGGUCGUCGCGGACUGGGAGGCGUUCGGGCUCGUGACGCUCGUGUCCAAUAGUUAAACUUUGUUCUUAGUU